CUGCCUUAGUGAAUUCAUUCCAGUGUGAACCAGUGGCCAGGGAGUCUUCCCUAAUGCUGAAGUGGGAAUGUCCUUCUGGUAACAAUUCUGGCUUCAAAAUUAAAAUCUUUAAUGAUACGUGGGAAAAAGAAGAACAGACUCUAUCCUGCAUCACAGAAGGCUCAGAGGAAACCUUCAGAAUAGCAUCUUUAGAUUAUUUCAGCACCUAUACUGUUACUAUUGCAACUCUUUCAAAUAGUUCUGAAAGCCCUUCAGUGCAGAAAAUGUGUAAUACGAGCAUUACUGACCCACCUGCUCCAAGCAAAGCUCCUUUAGUCAAGGCAGUCAGUCACAGCUCGUUGUCUGUUGAAUUCUCUGAUUUUGAGUCAGUGAAUGGACCAUUGAAAGCCUAUGCAGUAAUGAUCACAACAGAAGAACAAGGUUGUGGGUCUUUGAAGUCUAAAUUGAACAACACAUACAAAGAUUUCAAGAAGAUGACUGCAGUCGCCUAUGUAACAUAUGUCAUAGAUACAGAGCAGGCAAAAUCACCUUCUUUCCACUCUCAGAAUGGUACAAACAUUGUUAAUAUAGGCAAGGGAAACACAAUGUAUGGCUACGAAAAUGGACCAUUGAUUCCACUUCGUUCAUACAGGGCAAGUGUUGCAGGUUUCACUAACAUAACCUUUAGCAUGGUCAACAUCAUUGUUGCGGAAGAUAGUUAUGUAUCGUUUUCACCCUGUUCUGAGGCGGUUUUGCUACCGCAGGAUCCAGGUGUUAUUGCUGGAGCUGUUAUUGGAUGCCUUUUAGCUAUAUUGGCUGUAGUUGCUGUAGGGGGUUUCAUAUUCUGGAAAAGGAGAAGGAAAGAUAAAAGAAAUACUGAAGUGUCCUUUUCUCCAAUUAAAAUCAAGAAAUCAAAAAUGAUUAAAGUGGAGAACUUUGAGUCCUACUUUAAGAAGCAGCAAGCUGACUCCAACUGUGGCUUUGCUGAAGAGUAUGAGGAACUCAAGUCUGCUGGCGUUCAUCAGCCCAAAUUUGCUGCUGAACUGGCUGAGAACAGGGGAAAAAAUAGAUAUAACAACGUCUUACCUUAUGAUAUUUCUCGUGUUAAACUUUCAGAUCAAAGCUCUGCAGCUGAUGACUAUAUUAAUGCAAACUAUAUGCCUGGCUAUAACUCAAAAAAGGCAUUUAUUGCUGCACAGGGUCCUUUACCCAAUACCAUUGAAGACUUCUGGCGCAUGAUUUGGGAAAAGAACAUCUACUCUAUUGUUAUGUUGACAAAAUGUGUUGAACAAGCCCGGACAAAAUGUGAGCAGUACUGGCCAGACAAACAAUCCAAGAGCUACGGUGACGUUAUUGUGACAAUGGUCUCAGAGAUUGUCCUUCCAGAAUGGACAAUAAGGGACUUCACUGUAGAAAAGUCCAACACACCAGAGAGCCACACAGUGCGCCAGUUCCAUUUCACCUCCUGGCCAGAUCACGGAGUGCCAGAGACAACAGACCUUCUCAUCAACUUCAGGCACCUUGUUCAUGAAUAUAGCAGUCAAAAUCCAAUCGACUCUCCUACUCUGGUGCACUGCAGUGCUGGUGUCGGGAGGACAGGGACAUUCAUCGCCAUUGACCGCCUGAUUCAGCAGAUUGAAAUGGAGAAUACUGUGGAUGUGUAUGGAGUGGUGUAUGAUCUUCGCAUGCACCGACCAUUAAUGGUGCAAACUGAGGACCAGUACGUCUUCCUAAACCAGUGUGUUAUGGAUAUUAUUAGAUCCCAGAAAGAGAAGAAAACCGAUCUUAUUUACCAAAACACGACAGCAAUGGCAAUCUAUGAAAAUUUCACACCUGGGCCAGGCUUCGGGAAGGCCAAUGGCUACCACACAUAGCCUGGAAGGAACGCAGCGUCUCCAGGAGGUGUUGCCUGCGCAUAGGAAAGGGAGAUGUUUUACUCAUGUUUUCCGGGAUUGUGUGCAGUGUCUCAUGUCUGGCUGCUCCAGUUCUGUCCGCAUUCGAAGAUGUGACCUACAGGAGGGAAAACACAAUGCUGGCAGGAGCUGCAGAUUGAUAUUAAAAAAAAAAAACAAAACACCCAAGCAAAACUAUUUAAAGUUAACAGAGGAAUCCUGCUUUUUCUUGGGAAUUUAACAGUGCUGAUAGAUGAAAUAGCAUUUGCAGUAUGAAUGGUGAACUACAAUUUAAAUAUUAAAAUAAUAACACAAGCUUUUUAUUACAAUUUUAUAUUAUUUCAUUUACAGACACCAGACUUGUGGGCUGUUUUAAUAUAUUUAAUUAUAAG